AUGGCUGAAUAUGGGCAUGAUCAAGGUCAGGGUAACAAAGGCAGCUGGAAAGGAAUCUUUACACAGUUUCCAACAGUCGAGAAGGCCAUCAUCACCUACCUCAAUCAACUGCAAGAUGCAUCAGUUCCACUGACCCUUGCUACCAUCAGGGGAAUUGUUUUUGCCCUGAUCAUGCAGCUUGCACCAGAGAUCUUCGAAAUCAAGGCAGCUAAUGGCUCUGAAUUCAGAUGUUCAGAUUCAUUCAUCUAA